AUGCCUCCAGCUGCUCGGUCUCUCCGGCAGCGAGCCGUCACGAACGAGAAUGAUGAGAACGCGGGCUCGAUACGUGUAACGCGUGCGAAAACGGCCGCGUUGGGCUCGACUGACUCCGCCGCGGAUGUGCCCAAGAAGGGACUGCAGACCAAGAAGUCGACCACCGCCCUAAGAACUAAUGGUGCCGGUCAGACGCGAAAGCGCGCUGCGCUUGGUGAUGUCAGCAACUUUGGCAAGGCGGAGGGUCCCGGUGCCGGCUCCAAGGACGCGAAGGAUGGCAAGAAGCCGUUGGCCAGCAAAGUCGGGCAGGUCUCUAAGGCAGCACGUCCCGCUGGGGUUCAGAAACCCUCGCGGACAAACACGAUACGCUCUGUGCUCAGCUCCAAGGAGAAGAAUGUCGGCUCCUCCGAUCUGAAGCGCCCGGCUAGCGGAAACGGCAUCGCCGGACACCCGACCAAGAAGCGACAAACUACCGCUACCAGCUCCAAGUCAUUCAAAGAAGAGGAUACUGAAGAGACGGAGAAUGUUGCGCCGAAGACGAACGUCGUGGUUGAAGCGGAAGUUACCAAAACGGCUACUACGAAGCAUGAGCGCGUCAAGUCUCAGAUUGAGAUCUUCGAGGAGGUGGGAGAGGCCGCUCCUGAGGAGCCAGAAGUGCCUGAUCUUGACAAGGAGGAUAUAGACGAUCCGUUGAUGGUUUCGGAGUAUGUUGUCGAGAUCUUCGAGUACCUGAAGGAGCUUGAGAUCGCUACCAUGGCCAACCCCGAUUACAUGGACAGCCAGAACGAGCUCGAGUGGAAGAUGCGCGGCAUUCUCGUCGAUUGGCUGCUCGAGGUCCACACCCGCUUCCGCCUCCUCCCCGAGACCCUCUUUCUCACCGUCAACAUCAUCGACCGCUUCCUAUCCACCAAGAUUGUCCAGCUGGACCGCCUGCAGCUGGUUGGUGUCACCGCCAUGUUCAUUGCAUCCAAGUACGAGGAGGUCUUAUCUCCGCACGUGCAGAACUUCCGACACGUUGCCGAUGAUGGCUUCACAGAGGAGGAGAUCCUUAGCGCUGAGCGCUUUGUCCUCGCUGCCCUCAACUACGACCUGAGCUACCCAAACCCCAUGAACUUCCUCCGUCGGAUAUCGAAGGCCGACAGCUAUGACAUCCAGACCCGCACUCUUGGCAAAUAUCUUCUAGAGAUAGGCUGUCUAGAUCACCGCUUCAUCGCCCACCCGCCCAGCCAGGUUGCUGCUGCUGCCAUGUAUCUGGCUCGGUUGGUGUUGGAGCGCGGCCCUUGGGAUGCAACGCUUGCCCACUAUGCUGGAUAUACCGAGGAGGAGAUCCAGCCCGUCCUCGAGCUCAUGAUCGAUUACCUGUCUGGCCCCGUUGUUCACGAGGCGUUCUUCAAGAAGUACGCCAGCAAGAAGUUCAUGAAAGCCUCGAUCGUCCUCCGUCAGUGGUGCAAAAAAUACGUCCUUCAAUAUGGUAACGUGCUUCAAGAGACCGAGAAGUCCCAGCGCUGA